GACCAGACUAUGAACGUUUAUAUAAUAGUCAAUUUAAUUCAAAUUACGGCUCUAUUGAACGAUCCGAAUUGAUCAAUGACAACGAAAUAGAUUCGGAUGUUUCUGAUGAUAAUUCAGAUUAUUCAGAUGAAACUCUUGUUGGCAAUCAGAUUUCUAAAAAUAUGCUCUUCGAUGGCGUUGUUGAAAAUGAAGAAUCUAAAAAUACAACUGGAAAGAUAACUAAUCUUAUGGCUGUUGAUGCACAAAAAGUCUCGGAAUUAGCGGCAUACUUGUUACAAGCCAUUCGUGUCAUUAAAUUUUUUGCAUGGGAAGACCACUUUCGAGCAAAGGUUAUUAACGCUCGUGAUAACGAGUUAGAGAAAGUCAAAGAUCGGUUAACGGAAUGGGAGUUGACUGCUGCUGUUGCAUUUACCGCCCUUGCACUAUUUAAUAAUCUUCGUCAUGCCCUUGACGAAAUGCCAUCAAUGCUUACUUCCGUUAUUCAAGCUCGUAUUUCAAUUUCUCGUAUCGAAAAGUUUUUAAACGAACCAGAACUUAAUCGUAAAAAUUCUAUCCCGAGUAUUAAUGAUCCCUAUAUUGGAUUUAAAAAAGCAACUUUCCGGUGGCCAGAUGGUGAAGAUUCCAUAGACAAUUCCUCCGUUUAUAUAGACUUAAAUGCGCAAAAUCCAUCGAAUAAAUUCACUUUGAUAAAUUUAAAUGUAUCUUUUCCUGCCAACGAAUUGUCAAUAAUCUGCGGACCUACGGGUAGUGGGAAAACAAGUCUAUUGAUGGCAUUAUUAGGAGAAAUGGAUUGUUUAGAUGGCCGUGUGUUCUUGCCUAGGACGAAUAUAGAAUCUUCAAAUAAAUUGGGAGGUGCGCCGAGUGGUAUUGCUUACGUUUCUCAAACAGAUAAUAUCCUGUUUGGCCUUCCAUUUGAUUCCGAAAUUUACUCGGAGGUUUUACGUGUUUGUGCCCUCGAUAGAGAUUUGGAGAUUCUUGAAUUUGGGGAUAAAACAGAAAUUGGUGAAAAAGGAAUAACGCUUAGUGGUGGUCAAAAACAACCUAGAGCCGUUUACUCCCAAGCUAAAAUAAUAAUUUUAGACGAUUGCUUAUCUGGAUUAUGUCUUCGUGGUGCUGCUAAAGUUGUAGUUAUGAAGGAUGGUCGAAUAUCGGCUGAGGGAUCUGUAGAAGAGAUUUUAGCUACGGGACUGUUGGACGAUGUGACUUUUGAAAGUGAAGAAUUAAAGACCUCUGUUGAGGAUGUUAUAGAUGCAAAAUCUCAGAAAAGCAACAAAAAUAUUCGUGAAGGCGAUGGACGACUGAUUUCUGAGGAAACAAGAGCUGUCGGUGGCCUAGUUGGACUUUCCACUGCUGUUAUUAUUGUGUAUAAUCUUUCCAAAGGAAUGGAUCCUGGUUUAGCAGGUUUCGCAUUGAUAAAUGCAUUAAAUUUCACCGGACAUGUAAUUUGGGUUAUUCGCAUGUAUGCCGUUCAGGAGAUGAAUAUGAAUUCAAAUUACCUGGAAUUGGAAGAAGAACCACCAAGAAUUAUCGAAGGUCAUCGCCCACCAUCGGAGUGGCCUUCAAGAGGAGAUAUUCAAGUUAACAAUCUCGUUAUGCAAUAUGCACAUGAUAACCCUCCGGUAUUAAAAGAUAUUUCAUUCCACAUUAAACCUGCAGAAAAGAUUGGAAUUGUUGAUUCUUUUGAUGAACAUGAUGAUACUGAAUUACGGAAUGCACUUCGAAGAGCUCAUCUAAUUGAUGAUGUAACUACAGGUUCAGGCGCUGAAAAUGAUAACAAAUUAUCACAGAAUGAACAAUCACAAAGUCAAAUAACAUGGACUCUCGACGCUCCCGUUAGUGAAAAUGGUAAUAAUUAUAGUCAAGGUCAACGGCAGUUGAUUGCACUCGCGAGGGCAUUGGUUCGUAGAUCUAAGUUGAUUAUUAUGGAUGAGGCAACAGCUAGUGUAGAUUUUAAGACAGACCGUAUGAUUCAAAAAACAAUACGUGAAGAAUUUAGUGAUGCAACUCUACUAUGUAUUGCACAUCGUUUAAGAACAGUUGUAGAUUACGAUAAAAUUUUAGUGAUUGUGGAGUUUGAUCAUCCAUAUAUUCUCCUGCAAAAUCCAAACUCAAUGUUUCGUGGAAUGUGUUAUCGAAGUGGUGACUUGGCAGAAUUAGUCGAAAUUGCUAAGGCAAAAUAUGACAAUGAUUGUGGAAAUAUUGGUGUUUAG